AUGGAAUUAUGGAAGUUAGAGUAAGUUUUACAGUUUGUCUUUAUUUUUUUAUAUUUAGGAACCUAAUUCUUAUCAGUGGCGCGAGAUUCAGCAAGGUUUUAGGCUUGAAAAGCUCAUUCAAGCAAAUCAAGAACACUGAUCGUUUCCUCAACAUCUUUCGCGACCAAGUGGACGGAAUAAUGGAAAUUAGAGUAAUUUUUACAUAUGUUAUCUAUAUUUAAUAUUUAGGAACCUAAUCCUUCUCAGUGGCACGAGAUUCAACAAGUUAUGGCUUGGAUUUGA